CUGUAACCUCUCGUCCGCCAUCCGCCACGACCCGCCUCAAGGCUCGAAGCACGGCACCAAUGGCCUCCCCCAACGCCGACCCGGCUCAGCAGCACCACGCCUCGACGCCGCCACUCCUCCUCGCCGUACGCCACCUGCCGUCCCCCGGCGUCCACCGGACACGCACGCUCCCCGGCCCCGACGUCCUCACCCCUCUCGCCCGCCGCCUCGAGGAGCUCGCGUCCGCGGCGGCCGCCCACCCGCUCCUGAAGCCGCUCUUCGCCGCCCACUCCCACCUCUCUUCCUUCUCCCAGGGCAGGAGGCGGCUGGUGGCGGCGCGGCGUGCGACGAUGCUGCUGUCCGGGGAGCACUGCUUCGCGGCGGUGCUCGGGGACUCGGUGGCCGGGAUGGUGGUGUCCAACGGCAUCAACAACUUCCUCAACCUUUACAACACGGUGCUCGUCGUCAGGCUCGUGCUCACCUGGUUCCCAAACACGCCGCCCGCCAUCGUCGCGCCUCUCAGCACGAUAUGUGACCCGUACCUGAACAUCUUCCGGGGCAUCAUCCCGCCGCUCGGGGGAACGCUGGACCUGUCGCCUAUCCUGGCUUUCCUCGUCCUCAACGCCUUCACCAGCACGGCCGCCGCGCUUCCGGCAGAGCUCCCCAGCUCGGCAGCUGCACAGCAUCACCAGAGGACCGCUGCUCUGUCCAGCUCGGCGCCGCUCGAGGCGACGUCCAACCAGAGGAAAUGGAUGCGGAGAAUGCGGUCACAGAAGUCACAGGGAGAAGGUGGUGAUCACUAGGCUUGUGAGCUUGUGGCUGUGUUCGUCGAAUCGUCAGUGCCUUGUUCUUACCAGCUGGGGAUUAUGCUUCGCAUCAGACGCUCGAGAUCUGCACAACACUGUGUUGGACAUGGAUGCUCUUUGCUCUCUAGCUAUCGAACGAAAAUUCAUCACGUUGCUUCAAAUGGUCUUUUUGCAGAGUAAUGCGGAACUUUCUUCCUUUUGAGGGCUGUGCUUUCUGCAUGUAUGUAGAGGAACCUGCUUGACUGUAAUAGCACUUUCGGUCUUUCAGACGCCCAGUUUUCUUGAAUUGCGAUGGUGUGAUCGGGAUGCGUAGAUAAAUUCAGUCUUGGGACACUUUCAUAACUUA